AGUUUCACAGAACCGCUUUCAGUAGAACUUUUCCACCAUCAGAACGCAAUACUGGCAUUUAUAAUUAUUUUCAGAAUCGGGCUACAAAGUCAAGAACCAGAUAGGAUUCACCAUACAAACUUAUAAUCGUGCACUAGGUCUUCUUUUUUAUUGCGAGCUUUGUCUCGUCCCCAACCAUCCAACGAAUAAAUCAUAAAAAAAAUUACUAUGACUCGAUAGCGGAGUCUCGAAGAAUGCUACAGAUGUACAUGCGCUCUACUUUCCAAUAAUUGUGGAUCAUUUGAACUUCCUAUACCUUUCUGUCUGCUGUAACCUCAAGCUUCAAUUCUUGGGAAUACAGCAGUUAUGGACGCCCAGGUAUGUUCUUGAUACACCGCUUCCCGGAGGUUCUGCGCUGGCGGGGGCAACACUUGAGGAUGGAAGUUCUGAUGCAUGGGAUGAAACAUUUGUACUGAUCUACCAUUCGUUUUCUAGAUUGAGAAAGCAAUCGAAAUCGCAUGGGACCCUCGAUCUGACCAGAAUCUAAAAGAGCAAGCAGUUCAAUAUCUCACCCAAGUACGGGCCGACAGCUCGAGUCUACAAGCAUGCCUUAACCUCUUUACAAGAGAUCCCAAAGCUGCCGAAGUCGUGAGGCUGGUUUCGUUGGAUAUUGUCAAUAAUGCGAUUCAAACUCAACAUAUAGACGAUCAAAGCUUGCGUGGGCUCAAGGAACAGCUUCAUGACUAUGUUAGGAGAACAUAUGCCUCUGGAAACGAAGUCGAUCCUCCCGCUUUACAGAAUAAGCUCACACAAACUUUGACAUUCCUGUUCUCGUCAUUAUACAAGGAGGGCUGGGAAAGUUUCAUAAGGGAUUUCUUGAGCUUCACCGGCCAUCAAAACGGGACUGUGGAUAACCUUCCCGGUGUUGUAUUAUAUUUGCGACUUCUCAGCUCGAUCCAUGACGAGAUUGCCGAUUUGAUGAUAGUUAGGGCAGGAGGGGAGACAAAGCGAAAUGUUGAGUUGAAGGAUCUGGUGCGUGCUCGAGAUGUACAAAUAGUAGCAGGCUCUUUCCAACAAAUCCUCACAUACUGGCAAGGCAACAACGAUGCUAUCGUUGAAAUGACGUUGAAGGUUAUCGGAAAAUGGGUCUCUUGGAUCGAUAUCUCUUUGGUCGUGAACCAGGAUAUUUUGAACUUGUUAUUCCCAUUAGUUGGACGAAACCCCAACGGUGGUGAGGACAAAGUUAAGGAUGCCGCCAUAGACUGCUUUACAGAGAUUGUGGCAAAGAAAAUGAAACCUUCGGAUAAGAUAGGAAUGAUUUUGUUCUUAAAUCUCGGAGAGGUUGUCUCGCAACUUAUUGCCAGCCCCGCCUUACAUGAUCUACGCAACACUUCUAGCUAUGACACCGAUCUUGCAGAAGCGGUUGCAAAACUUGUCAACAAUGUCGUUUCCGAUCUCGUUAAAAUUCUUGAAGAUACUAAAGUCGAACACGAAGUACGGGCCCAAGCAGAGCAAUCAUUGCAAACCUUCCUUCCCCUCCUACUCAGAUUCUUCUCAGAUGAGUACGACGAGAUAUGCGCAACUGUUAUACCGUCCCUUACAGAGCUCAACACGUUUUUGCGCAAAGCACAGCCAUUGCCACCUGCAUAUUCAGCAAUGUUGACACCUAUACUCAAUGCAAUAAUCCAGAAAAUGAGAUACGACGAUACUUCUUCCUAUGCGGAUGAGGAUGAAUUAACAGACGAGGCGGAAUUUCAAGAGCUUCGAAAACGAUUACACGUCCUUCAAAAGACUAUCGCUGCAGUUGACGAAGCUUUAUAUGUUGACGUUUUGAGUAAUGUGAUCGGAAACACGUUCCAGAGACUUGAUCAACAGAAUGGUCGAAUAGACUGGCGUGAUCUAGACCUUGCACUACACGAGAUGUACCUUUUUGGAGAACUUACACUCGUAAAUGGUGGCCUUUAUGCCAAGAGCCAGCCAUCUAGUAUAGCAGCCGAACGUUUGAUCGUCAUGAUGUCCAAAAUGGUCGAAUCUGGUAGGAUCGUCCAAGACACCUUUACAGGAAAAGCGACUAAUAGUGCACAGGUAUUGCUUCGUUCAAUCAUCCCGCUAUUUCCCUCCAGUAUAUGGAAAUUUGCGUCCGAUACUGUUCAUUUUUCGAAAACCAAACCCAAUAUAUUCCUCAGGUCCUCGAACAAGUCGUUGGUUUUGUGCAUCAUAAUCAUUCACGAGUCAGGAUACGUUCGUGGUAUUUAUUCCACCGAUUCGUGAAACACUUGAGAGGUCAAGUUGGUAAUGUUGCGGAGACUAUCAUCCAGUCAAUCAGUGAUCUCCUUCCUUUAAAGGCAGAAGUCCCGAAGGAAAGUGACGAUGAUAUGUCAUCAGAAGACGGCAGUCAUGACGCGGCAGACGUAGCAUUUAAUGCUCAACUUAAUCUUUAUGAGGCGAUCGGUUGCAUUUCUUCUACAACCUCGACUCCGAUAGAGAAGCAGGCUAUUUAUGCAAGAACAAUCAUGGAUCCUUUAUUUUCCGAUGUUCAGCGAAAUUUAGAGCAAGCCAAGUCAGGCAAUGCACAGGCUGUUCUGCAAAUUCAUCACAUUAUUUUUGCCCUCGGAUCACUAGCCCAUGGAUUUUCUGACUGGUCUCCUGGAGAAGGGAAACGAGCUGGACAAGCACCUGCAAAGGAAAUAACUAUUGAAUUUAGCCGUGCCGCGGAAGCAAUUUUGUUUGCACUGGAGGCACUCAAAUCUUCUUCGGAAAUCCGUAAUGCGGCGAGAUCUUCAUUCUCUAGGCUUAUGGGAGUCAUGGGAGUUGCCAUGUUACCCCUCCUUCCGAGGUGGAUCGAUGGCUUGUUGACACAAUCUUCUUCGAAGGAAGAAAUAGGCAUGUUCUUACGAUUAUUGGAUCAAGUGGUAUUUGGGUUCAAAAAGGAUAUCCAUGAAGUUCUAAACUCCCUUCUCACACCGCUUUUCCAGCGAGUUUUCGCUAGCUUAAGUGAGCCGGUUACUGGAACAGAUGAUGGAAUUCAGCUCGCCGAACUACGAAGGGAAUACUUGUCCUUCGUAACGGUUAUCCUAAAUAAUGAUCUUGGUUCUGUACUCGUCAGUGAGCAGAACCAAGCUUUCUUUGACCCCCUCAUUCAGUCAGUUACAACAUUGGCGAAAACCGUCACAAACGAAACUGGAAAUCUUGCGGCCAGCAAAAUCGCCUUUAACGUAAUGACAAAGAUGGCAGAGCUCUGGGGUGGCCCAACAAUCGCUACCCCAGGCCAACCCAUCACCUCAUCUGUCCCGCCGCAGCCCACAUUUCCCGGUUUUGAUACUUUCCUAAUUGAGCGUUUCCACCCUGUUUGUUGGGAAGUUCUUCGCGAGCCACACUUCAGACCAAUGGUUGAUGCGCAAUCCAAGAGCGUUUUGAAUGAAUUAGCGGGUUUGGAACAGGUUAUUUAUAUGAAGACGGGAAAUAUGUUUGUGGAGCAUUUACAAGGAAAUUUCUUUCCAAGUAUGGGUGUCGAUGGUAGCGGGUUUAUUAAGAGUAUGGUGGAGAGCCCAGAAAGGAAAGGGCUGGCGACAUUUUUGCAGAAUUGGCUGAAAGGGAGGGCUUAAGGUAGUACGUUCACCGCGCGAGGGCUAGGAGCGAUGAAUGCAGUAGAACAUUAAGGUUUCGUUACAUCGAGGUUGAGUUAGGGAUUUAUUGAUUUUUAGACGGAAUGAAGGGAGGAGAGGAAUCAUUGCAUUUUCGUAUGGCGUUGGACUGGAUCAUUAUAUCAUGGCUGGCCGGUGAUUGAAACGAAACUUAAAACUAUACCACGAAUGGAUAUGCAAUUAUCGGGGAUGGAAGCAACGAAUAUCAUGAUCUCUUCAAUCGGACUUUAGGUUGAAACGAUACUUUGGAAGAGGGUGUAGCUCGACUUGAACUUGCUUCUUAAGUUUCAAAUUCGGUGGAUGGAAUGAAGGGACUACUUGUUCUUCCUUGGAAGGAUUCAAUAAACGACUUUUGAAAAGAAAAAAGUAAAAUCAUUAUAUUCAUUUGCAGACAUGCAAUCGUAUACGAGGUUUUGUUGGAGAAUGAGAUGAGAAUUGUAUGGCACAGACAGAGUUGUAUGAUUCGAGGAUGCGAUAGUGAGAAGAAAUAGGACGGGGUGGAAAUGGGGAAGGGGAAGAGGAAGAGGAAGAGGAAGAAGGAAGGAAUGGCGGCUGGGUAGGAUGUAUACGGAAGUGAUGUUUGAUGUUUGAGUGUAGUGGAUUAGAUGUAUAGAUUUGAUUGAUGGAUUGAUUAAGCUACCCAGGCUAUGUAUUCUAGGUAUUUAAUCGAUUUCGUAACUG